UCCCAAUUCGGAGUUAUUUUGGAGUCGGGGUUUCAACCAGUAAUGAUGGCCAUUGGAUACUCCUAGUGCACGCGCUGCUUGAGAACGGCAUUCGUUUCGUCCUCUGACCCAACCCAUAUCUAAAGGACCGCAAACAGGCUGAGGGAUCUGUUGUCAGCACGGGAAAAUUAGUCGAACAAACUAUCUCAAAUAAGUUUGGGCAGACUUGGAAGUGGCACCAUGCUGGGAAAAUAAGUGUUUUUAAGGAUAAUCUAUAAUAUGGUCUGCUGGGAUGGCUUCCAAGCUCUUGGACAGACUGCGACGGACGCUGUUCAAAGAAGGUGAAGCAGUCUUCAAGGAACCAACUGAUGUUACGGAGGACAGUUUCCCAGAAAGUUCUGAGUUAGAGGAUGAUACGGAGUGUGUCUCAGAGCGGCUUGGGGGAACUCUCUGCUUUGAUGGGGAGAACGUCCUCGAAUCUGAAGACCCAGGCGAGGCCUCAGGACUGGACAGUGAUUCAGACUUCCUUGGAGAGUCCGUAGAGGAUGGAUUUGGCAGCACAGAAACCAGUCCAGUUGGCCAGUCUCUGGGAGGCUCAUCCCUGCUCACCCACCAGCUGCAGGAGAACUGGAGGAGCAUGCGAAGCCGCAGCGUGCCUGAGAAGCUGCUGUUUGAAGUGACCGACGCCAGUGUGGUGCAGGAGGGCUCGUCUAAGUACGUGCUCUACACCAUCCAUGUGAUCCAGUCUGGGAUGUUCGACAAAAGCCCUGCCGUCAUCACCCGGCGAUACAGUGACUUUGAGCGCCUGCACAACCGCCUUCGCCGCCGGCACGGCGAUGACAUGGAGCGCGUCUAUUUCCCCCGCAAGAAGCUGCGCAAGAACUUUGUGGCCGAGACCAUUGCCAAGCGUAGCCGGGCGUUUGAGCAGUACCUGACCCACAUGCACUCCCUGGCCGAGCUGCGGCGCUCACCCACCUUCCUGGAGUUCUUCUACCUGGGCGACCUGCAGGCUGGCCAGAUGCUGAUGCGUGUUGGCCAUUACCAGGAGGCCCUGGGUCCUCUGCUCAACGGCCUGAGGCUCCAGGAGAAACUAGGCUGUGAGCAGCAAGGGAAGCAGCAGCCCCAGUACCAGCAGCGUACCCACUGGCUCUUUACCCUGCUUGCCCUGGUGACCAGUUUCCAGGAGCUGGAGCAGCUGGGUGAGGCCCAGGAGCACUGUGACCGAGCCUUGAGGGACCUAGCUCCCUCGCAGGACGCCUUACUGCAGCACCGUUUCCACCCACUGCUCAUCCCUCUCCUCCAGAUCAACGUCCGACUGUCAUGGAAGAUCUCCAGGGAUAAGCGCAGGUGGGAGGUGCUGCUGCAGGAGAUCCAGAACUCUGGGGUGGAUGUAGGGAACCAGCCCAGCCUGAAGGAGUAUCUAAUGAAAGAGGCCCUGGUGGAGAGCGAGGGAGACAGUAAGGGGAAAGCGAAAGGGGAUGACACCACUUAACCCAAAGAUCACAGUUCCACCAGGUAGUUAGGAGGUAUAGCACUUUGCAUAGCUAAGUAACAAGGGAUUUGGUCUUGACUUGCAUUUUCUGUAGCACUAGAGGAGUUUGUUAGUGACUUUCUAAUGAAUCCACUCAACUGGUCAAGUCAUGCACAAUAAGCAGAAAAUAAUCACAUUUAAGAGGUAUUACUUUGGAUUGUCUUACCUUGUAAAUUCAAAACACUAAAGUUAUUUCAAGUAUUUUUUUAGGAAAUGUAUUUUUCAAAAACAGUUUAACAGCAAAUGUCAGUAUACUUUUUUAAUGUCUGACCUUUGUAUCAUUCCAUUAACAAUCUUAUUUGAGUGAUUUAAGAUUUGAGUGGAUUAAUAACUCAUGGAAUGAAGUUGAAAUGAUAGAACAAUUACUUUUCAUGAAUUUUAAAGAAACUUUAGAUUUAUUUUACAAGACACUUUGCACAAACUAUGUUCACCUAAUGAAUGGAUUAAAACAUUGUUCUACUUAUGGUUGGAUAUUAUUUUCAUGUUUACAUGUUAUAUUAGGGAAAAUGUCUUACAGCUCUUAAAAGCACUUCUACAUUUCAAAACCUUUAGCAGAGCAAUGUUAAUCACUCAUAGGGAACUGUGAUCAUUCUUAAAUCCCAGUACUUUCAAAGUUGAUAUUUUUCAGUUUUUGUGAAAUUUUCACACUAGUUUGAAAUGACACUAAUUGUGAAAAUGAUAAAGCACUUUUGUAGGAUCAGGGAAAAAGUGCCUGGGAUUUCAGCCUGUUUGGGUUGAGAUUGUACUUUUAGGAAACGAUUUGUCACACAUUUGAUAUGAUAAAAUAUCAAUGAGGUUGUGGAUUCUAGGCAAUCCCAGCUAAUCAGUUGAGUACACAGAGCUUCCCAUUUGUUUCCAGACAUUCACACAAUAAGACCAAGAAUUUCAAUGGCCAAUGAAUCCUCAGGGAAAUUAUGAAAUGUACACUACUGUUCAAAAGUUGCGGGUCACUUAGAAAUGUCCUUGUUUUCCAUGAAUACAUACC